AUGGGCAUGAAGGAAGGAAUGGAGGGAAGGGAAAGAGUGGAGAUACUUGCUGCUCUGAUACUCGCAUCUGCAUCAUCUUUGGGAUUCCUCAGCAACGAACUGUUCAUUAUCCAGCACAGCAGCAAGUAUCGCGCCAAGAAUGCCUUCUGCGUGCGAAACCCGUCUCUCUGCCGCUAUGGAAACAAAAUCGCUACUGCAGUCAUGGCUGACGUGACGAGUAGGAGGGCCAGGAGGGACUGCAAGGGGCGUCAACGAAAAUCUCAAACUCUGGACGCCAGGAACGAAGUCACGAGGCUGUGGCUCCAUCCCGACUUGUUCAAGUGGUAUGGAGCAGGAGCGAUAUGGUUGUCCAACGCAAGCAUCAGGGACUGCUUGGGAUGUGCGAUCACUGGACGCCUCGAAGACGCUGACGUGCUCAUUUACAACUUGAUGAGCGAGUAUGGCAAUGAUAAUCGAACCGUCUUGCAUGUCAUGAUGGAGAUGAUGAGGAUGUUGAUAGAUACCGGGAUCGAUACGACGAUGCAAUUAUCCAUCAUGCGGUACAGAUCUUCGCGGAAUAACAGUCUGGUUGCAACGUGUGUAGAUCUUACAGUGCACGAUAACUUCUUGUUCAAAUUCAUGAAAUACAUCUCGGUCGAUUCCUACGGCUCUUGCUACAAGAAUGCAGAGGAGCGAAAUUUUGAUUUUCCGGAAGCACUCAAUGAGGUGGCAAAGAAAGAUCGUGGGAUUUCGAAGAUGCUUGUUUCGUCUCAGUAUCGAUUCUCCCUGGCCAUUGAAAACACUGUGAAUUUUUAUGCCUGA